ACAGGUACAUUCGACUCACGUUUCUCCAAUAGUUACCGUACACAAUGUUAACGUACCAGAAUUCAUUUCGAAAGAGCAACGCUCUGAUGAAGUGCAACAAUAAGGUGCAAAAACAAGACGACUCUGAUGAAGAGCGCGAGUUAACUAAUCUCAACUGGCUCUUGCGAAACCAAAACUUAACAUGGCCGAAAACAAUUGACACAGUCAAUGAAGACGAUUUAGAUACAAAUUUGAAUGCGAAAAUAAUACCACAGGGGAUACAUCUACGAACGCUAAAUCGACGGGAUGAACAAAUUAAACACGUUUACUCCGAAGAGAGCUCACAAAAAAAAAAAGUCUCUAGGUCGAACAUACUUUCCGAGUACAAAAUGCUACCACCGUCAGCAUUACCCAAGCGUCCUACUCCAGCGGAACGAUAUGAAAUCUUUAUUAACAAAAUCAAACGGGACUUGUCAGAAUAUGAAAAGUUAGCAUCAAAGUAUGAAACGGACGUGACGGAAAAGCCACCAUUUAACUAUUCACAUAUAAUUGGAAUGGCAAUGCUUGUAAAUGGGCGGGUUACUUUGCAGCAAAUAUGUGCAUGGAUUGAAUCAAAGUUUGCAUUUUUUCGUGUGCGAAAAAGGUGGAAUAACUCGAUUAGGCACAACUUGUCGCUUCACCAUUGCUUUCGUAAUCGAAAACGCGAGGAGAAGGGGAAAGGUGGUUACUGGGAGCUGGGAGUGGACCCAAAAAAAUGUGAUAGGAAGCGUAUACGCAAUCGAAAAUUGUCACAUCAAAAAUUAAAUCAAACACCUAAAAGAAGUUGGGCGCACUGGAAUAACGCUUACUCCGAUAUUCAAAGCAUUUCGGGCGAAUGUAAUCAACAGGAACCAAUACAGCUUGGGGCAUCCAAUCAAAAUACUUAUAGAAGAAGCUAUAAAAUGCCUAAACCAAAUGCCUUAGCAGAAAACAAGGAACCGCAGAACCUUGGGUCUACCUGUAAAAGUUCUCAGGUAGACGAUAUGGUUACCACCUCAUUUAGAUCUAAUAUGGACCCAAUGACAACAAUGGCGGACGAGGAAAUUUGUCAACAACAAUAUGAGCUUGGAACAAUUAUUAUUAGCACCACUGAAAUUGUCGACGAGUCAAAUGGUUUAAAUUGCCUUAUAACUGACAAAUUAGGAUGUACUAACAUGCAGGUUUACAGGGAGGACGACAUCCUCACGUUUAAUGAAAGCCUAAAUAACACUACUAUUAUGACACCUGUCCUUGCUUCAACAUCAGCAAAUUUAGAUGAUCAUGAUGAGCAAGAUGGAACUUUGACAACAUCUGCUAUUUGCAGUCCUGUACAUCCAAGUAGCAUUACUAUUAAUUACGACUACACUAAUUUUCGACCCCUAAUGGAUAGCAUUGAUGAGCCGUUUCAUUACCUCCAAAGCACUGCCGAGUUCGGACGCAGCGAUGAUAUGUUAGAUAACCUUCUUGACGUUUGUGUAACACACUAUUAAAACUAUGAUUUUAUACAUACAUA